ACAUUAGUCAGCGUUACAGUAUUGGGUACGGUGAGGGGAUUUCCCAUACCAUUAUGUGUUGUAACGCUCGUGGAUAAUAACUGUCUAUUAUGUAAUAGUUUAUAAUGGAGAUAUAUACUGUUAUGUUCAUCGUAGGACAACUUUUUAUCCCAUCUAUAAACAGUGCCGUCCCGUACCUAAGUAAAGUAGAGGUAUCCCAGCUUUGUCCACGGAACAAGUUUGUUAUCAAAUACAAAAAUGGUACCAUGAAGUGCAACAGAUGUUCAAGAUGUCACAAAGGAUUCAGGGUCAAAAAAGCAUGUGAUAUGUUCUCGAAUACUGUAUGUGAACCUUGUCCUGCAGGCACAUAUAAUGAUAAUACGGGAAAUGAAUGUCAGCCAUGUUCUGUAUGCUCGCCAGGUGAAUUUAUUCGUCGUCAUUGUAUAGGAAAACGAGAUACUAAAUGCAGAAAAUGUCCAAAAGGAUACUUUACACUAUCAGGAAACGUGACCUCAUGUGUUCCUUGCAAACAAUGCCGACAAAAUGAAAAUAUAAUUGCUAAAUGCGACGGUGUAAGAGACACUGAAUGCGGAAACUGUUACCACGAUCAUUUUAGAGUUUCAUCGUCUGGAAGUUGUUUACGUUGUUCUAAAUGUCCAUAUAAGUUAGACUUGGUCGUGCCAGAAUGCAGUGACAAACUAGGACAUCAUAAUUCACACAUAUGCUGGCCGCAAGAAAUAACAAAGGCGAAACCAGAUAUUUCAACAACGGGUAUAGAAGAAAUUAUUAAAGUUCAGCUGGAAGGAACGGAUAACGGAAUAAUACAUGAAAAUGUGGCUUUAUGGUUAUAUCUUAUUCUUUCUGUUAUGUUUGUAAUAUUUGGUGUUUUUGUCAUAUACGUAAAACAUGAGCAUUGCAAAAAAUGUGUGACAGAAAAAUGUUCAAAAACUGACGUCAUCACACAUAAUCAUGAUGACGCAACUAGUUACGUCAGUGAUCAAGUUGAUAGAGAUAUCUACUCUCUACAGAAUGACGACACACUCUCAGUAAAAACAAGUGAUUGUUCUAACACAGACGGAGACAAUAGUAAUUAUUAUUUCAUUGAUCAAACAACAUUUGAUCACAAACCGGAAUUAGAUCUUCGAUGACAGGAUUGCUUGAUUGCUUAAUGUCUAAAAUACUUAUAACUUAUGAUAUACAAUGCAAAUACAAUUUACAGUGCUAAUUUCAAAUGUGGUCUUGAUAAAUAGCCGUCUGUCAAAGCUAACUGUUUUUUUGUAAUUAUAUGUUAAUGCUUAAGCACGAAGAAACAGUGAUUUUAGCAUUAUAGUGAGCAUGAUGUGUUUGUAGUUGGUUGAUUCAAUAAGGAAUAGAGAGUUUGACAUAAAAAAUGACCUUCUCACGGACACAUAAUGAUCAUUAUAUCAUUACCAAUCAAGUUAAAACAACAGAUUAAUGAGUUUUAUUGAUAUUGGAUAUAAAUGUGAAAUUCAUAAAAUUGUCUCUCACUCAUUGCGGAGACUUAUUUUCUUGUAUGCAUUGCAUUAACAUUAUUAAAGUAUCUAUUUUAGUAAAUAAUUAAUCAAAUUAUUUUUGUACUUCUUGAUUCGCGCUACAUGAUCAGCAUAAUAUCAUAUGUUAAAUAUUAGCUUUAGCAAGUAAUGAAAGGGUAUGUCAUAAAACGAACGAGCUCUGAUAUUCGUGCCACAACUAGAUAGCUUUAUUUAUUAUAUACUUAUAAACGUAAUAUUGAGAAAUAUUGAUGAAAUAAAAUGGGUAUUUCAUUUUUCGUAUUUUCACUGUAAAAAAAUUCACUGCAGAGAAACAUAUUUUCUGUAUUUUUACUGGUGUCUUGCUGGACUACUUUCUUCAGAAUUCAGCCAGUAUACACAAAAUUUAAGGGGAAAUCUUUAAGAUUGUGAUUUCAAAAAAAAAUGUAUAUGAUAAACAUAAAAAUUCAAGUUGUGUCUAUAAUUACAGGAUUUAUUUUCAUCCUGUGGUAUGCAAAAUGUCAUAUCUCACUGGUGGCUACCGCCCCUCAUGAAAUAUUUAUUUUCUUUCCACGCGAUGAAAAUUAAUCCUGUAUUUAUUGAAAAAAAAACUUGAAUCUCCUCUACAUUUGUUUUAUUUUUUAUGUUUAUGUCAUUGUUAUUCGUGUGACUAAUAGACAGUUUUUUACCUGUUAUAACUAUAUUGCUAUGCAGUUGUUGACUAUUUAUAAUAUGCAUUGCAUAAAUUGCGUUUAAAUAAUAAUAAAAAUGAACUAUCACAA